GGACGGGGAGGGUCCUCGGUCAGCUGUCGUGAGCCUCCGAGCACUUUCUGGACUUUGUAGACCGGUAAAUCACAUAUAAACCAGUGGAACGAGUUUACAUCGUCAGUAAACUUCUAGGAGCCUUACGUGCGCGCGGUAUUACGCGUAAACUUGGGUGCGUAAUUAAGCGCCUUGAGACUUUUUCAAACUGCGUUCUUUUUCAUUCGUUUUGAACGAAAAAGUCACUUUUUUCCCAGUUUCACGAUGGCAGAGGGGGAUUACUACACUAUGGGCAACCGGCAGAGGAUUCCGAGGGAUCCGUUUCGCGAACAGUCGCUCUCAUCUCGAUUCAUGGACGAUGACUUUGGACUGCCGCCUUUUCACGACGAGUUAUCUAUGGACUGGCCCGGCUGGGCGCGACCUCGACUGAGCGCCCGCCUUGACGCGCCGUGGACGGGCCCCUUGCGCUCGGGCUUCCCGCGGGGCUUCAGCGCCAGAUACGGCGAGGGUCCGCGCAGAGCCAGCGCUCCUCCGUGCAACCCGGACGAGCCGUGGAAAGUGUGCGUGAACGUGCACAGCUUCAGACCCGACGAGCUUAAUGUCAAAACUAAAGACGGUUUUGUAGAGGUGUCAGGGAAGCACGAGGAAAAGCAGGACGAGGGAGGAAUCGUCACCAAAAACUUCACGAAGAAAAUUCAGUAAGUGUCGUGAUUGUAUCAAAAGUUUUCCGGAGGCUUCUAGAAUGAUGAAGCGACUUCCCGAGGAAUGUCACUCGGAGUUAUUAAAGCGACACAAAGCCUUCCCGCUCCUCCACCCACCCCGACCUCUCCGCUUUCUUCUCGCUCUUCAGAGUCACGGCAGACGAAAAGAAUCAAAGUUCGGAGAUAAAAUAGAAAAGGAAACUCUUGUUAGGCUCAGACAACAUAUCGUGUAGCUCUGAUGUCUGCAGUAAUUAAGCGACAUAGUGAUUUGAUUUUUCUUUUCUUUUUUUUCGUCGCCGUGCUGUUUCUCUGACAGACACCGAGAAAGAAACUCUAAGAAAGAAAAGGAAUUAAAUUAUUGAACAAACGCGGCGCUAUUUUAGCAUUCUAACGCAAGAG